AUGAAGUACUCUUCUUUGAGUCUAGUCCCAUGCCUGGCUGUGCUGGGCGCUUUGGUCGUUGCUGACAGCCGCUUCGUCACCCGCCCAGAGCUCGCUGUGCCAAAACUCAAUAUCACAGUCCCAGCUCGUGCUGGCGAGGUGGGAGAGGGCCUCAUCUUUGUUGCCCCAUACCUUGGCUUCGAAGAAGGAUCACACGGGCCAACUCAGCCAGGCGCCUACAUUUUCCGCGAUGACGGAGAGCUAGUCUGGUCUGGCGUCGGCUACCAUGCCGGCUGGGUGGCCAACUUUAGGCCGGAUACAUGGGAUGGCAAGCCAUACCUCAGGUCAUUCCAGGGCCGGCUUGACGGUCCCCAUGGCCGCAUGUAUGGCUUCCAUACCCUGUUGGGAGACGACUAUGAGCUGGCCAAAAAGGUUCAGGUCGGAAACCAUCGCCUAGUAUCAGCACACGAGUUCAAGUUGAUUGAGGGCAAGACCGUCCUCGUGGAAACGCCUACUCCGGUUGUUGUAUCUCUCAGCCCUUGGGGCGGCAGCAAAGACCAGAACUGGAUUGUCUCGGAGCUUGAUAUCGAGACGGGUGAUGUCUUGUUUGAGUGGCAGAGUUUCGAUCAUGUCGAUCCCAAGAGUGAGUCAUUAUCAUUUACUUGUCGAAUCGAUGAGGCUGACGAUGUUAACGUAGAGAGUGCGUUCCCGCUUGACUUUGGACCUGGAAUCCCCGGAUCUGGUCGGAAUGAAACGGACGCUUGGAAUUAUUUCCACAUCAACAGUGUUGACAAGGACGACGAGGGCAAUUACCUCAUCUCAGCUCGUAACCUGGCAGCAGUGCUGAAAAUCAAUGGGACAAGUGGCAAUGUGAUCUGGCAGCUUGGGGGUUACCGAGGUGGGUCCGACUUUGCGCUGCAGGAAGAAGAUAUUUUCGCCUUUCAACAUCACGCGCGGUUCCGUGGCCGUUAUGAUGAUGGCAACAUUGAGAUUAUUUCCCUCUUCGACAAUGGCGCUCACUCCGCACCCAUCAACAAGAUCCAUCCUACGUCUCGUGCCCGGAUAUAUGAGUUGAGUCACCGUACAUCAACUGCCCGAGCCAUCAGAACAUAUGAAGCACCCGAUGGUCUGUCUGCCCACACGCAGGGCAGCGUCCAGCCUCUGGAAAAUGGCAACAUAUUUGUCAACUGGGGCCAAGCGGGGGCCGUGACCGAGUAUAGAAAUGACGGCAAGGUCCUAUUUCACAGCUACCUUGAUUCGAAGCCUAAUCGCUUUGCUCAGAGCUAUCGGGGAUGGAGGCUGCCUUGGGUUGGUAAGCCAGCUGAGGAGCCAGCUGUGACUGCCAGAGUAUCUGACAGCGCAACCUUGGAUAUCUACGUAUCCUGGAAUGGAGAUACCGAGACAUUUAAAUGGCGCUUCUACGCCCAGCGUGCAGGGGGCAAGUCCCGUCUUCUAGGUGAGGUGAAGCGGGAAGGUUUCGAAAGCCAUUUGGAUUUUCACGAGGAAUUCGACAUUAAGGGAACCCUGAUCAUUGCACAAGCGAUCGGUGGCGAUGGGGCGGUUCUCAGACAAUCCAAACCUGUCUCGGUGGAUCAUGUGGCAGCUCAUCCUGGUGAAUUUGACGGAUCCAGCCUCCAGUGGGCUCUGAAUGAGGAGCUAUAG